AUGCCAUCGCCGCGAGCGUGGACUUAUGCCAAGAUGGCCGCUGCAUCGGCCGUCAUGAUCAUUGGCGGUCCAGCGCUGGUCCUCUACGUCAUGCCCUCCGAAGAAGAGCUUUUUAAUAGAUACAGCCCCGAGCUCCAGAAGAAAGUCCUAGAGGAGCGACCUCGCCGUCAACGUGAAAUGCAAGAGUUCUUCGACCAGCUAAAGGAAUACUCGAAAAGUGACAAGCCUAUCUGGGUUCUGCAAGAGGAGGAUGCGAAGAGACGGCGGAAGGAAGCCGUUCGAGCAGAACUUCAAAGGCAGCGAGAAGAGGCAGCGAGGAGGGCGAGCAUGCUAUCAGAACAGCUGGAAGGGCAGAUUCCGUCAACCGGGCUUUGA